AUGGAUGUGAAAGAGAGGAAACCGUACCGAUCCCUAACCAGGAGGCGCGAUACUGAACGCCGAUACACGAGUUCCUCGGCAGAAAGUGAAGAGAACAAGAUACCCCAAAAAUCUUACAGCUCCAGCGAGACUUUAAAAGCCUACGACCAAGACUCUAGACUGUGCUACAGCAAUCGAGUGAAAGACAUGGUCCACCCAGAAGUCGAUGAGUUCUGCCGAUCUGGUGGCAGCUUCACUUUACAUGAACUGGGUCUUGGUGAAGUUACUCCUCCUCACGGGACACUGUACCGGACUGAUAUUAGCUUGCCGCAUUGCUAUUCAAUGACCGGUGACAACGAUGCAGACAACGAAGCAGAUGGAGUGUUAUCUCCGGAACAGCCAGUGAGACUCUGGGCAGUGAAGAGCAAGUCUGGCCGAAGCUCUUGUCUAUCUAGCAGAGCCAACUCCAACCUGACCCUCACAGACACCGAGCAUGAGCACACAGAAAACGGUAAGUGA